AUGCCACCUACCACUGUCACCUCAGGGAAGCUGCCAAAGAUCGCUCCCACCAUGGCGUGCCCGCAUCUUGAGUCCAUAGCUGCAGCCCUCCAGCCGCCUGCACCUCACAACUCCGUCUACCGGGAAGACUGCACCCAGUGCUUCGAUUCCAUCGACGAUCCUGCCGGUGUCGAUGUUUGCCUCCAGUGCUUCAACGGCGGUUGUGCCGGUGACCGCAACCAUGCUCAGCUCCACCGACAGCUCUGGAGCCACCCGCUCGUUCUCAACAUUCGCCGCACCCGCAAAGUCCUUGUCCGAGAUGAACCCCCCUUGAAGAUGUCCAAGCUCGCCAUCGCCGCCGAGACCGAGGCCGACCGAUACGAUACUACAACCACUGUCAAGUGCCUUGAGUGCAACCAGGAGCUGGACAAGACGAGCGACAAGCUUGCCCCCAUUGUGGACGGCAUCAUGAAGGCCAACACCUUCUCGAGGAAAGAGGAGGUCAAGGCGUGGGAGCAGGAGCUUACGAGCUGCGAGCACAUCCUGCUCAUGCAACAGACCGAGUCAAGAACCAUUCAGUCUGGUGAUCUCGGACACUGCUCCGCCUGUGAUCUGCACGAGAACCUGUGGCUCUGCUUGGAGUGUGGAAACCUGGGCUGCGGAAGGAAGCAAAUGGGAGGUGUCGACGGUAACUCUCACGCCCUCGCGCAUUCGGAUCAGUCCGGCCAUGGCGUCGCCGUCAAGCUUGGGUCCAUCACACCCGAGGGAACGGCCGACGUUUACUGCUACAAGUGCGACGAAGAGCGCAUCGACGGCGAUCUUGGCCAGCACCUGGGACACUGGGGCAUCAACCUGGCGAACCAGCAAAAGACGGAAAAGAGCUUGACCGAGAUGCAGAUUGAGCAGAACCUGCGCUGGGACUUUAGCAUGACCACGGAAGACGGCAAGGAGCUUAAGCCUCUGUUUGGCGCUGGAUUGACCGGCCUCAAGAACCUUGGCAACAGCUGUUAUCUUGCCAGCAUCGUCCAGUGUCUCUUUGACACUCCUGCUUUCAAGAAUCGCUACUACUUGCCCAGUCGCGACCUGCCUACUGUCCAGGAUCCUGCGGCGGACUUGGAAACCCAGCUCCGCAAGGUUGCGGACGGCUUGCUCUCGGGUCGGUAUUCUAAGCCCGACUCAGACGUGACUGCAUCUGAGCACUCGCCCGAGAUUUCGCACCAAAAGGGGUUGGCCCCGGCCAUGUUGAAGCACUUGAUUGGAAGAGGCCACGAAGAGUUCUCGACUAUGCGGCAGCAGGAUGCUUUCGAGUUGCUGCAGCACAUCUUCAAGCUCGUCACUCGGUCCCAGCAUCCCUCCGAUCUCGGCGACCCGACCCAGCCGUUCCGGUUCACUCUAGAGCAGCGGCUGCAGUGCCUGGGAUGCAAGAAGGUGCGAUAUUCGACUAAUGAGCAGGACAACAUCUUCAUAGACGUUCCUCUGGAGAAGGAACCCACUGUCGAGGGCGAGGGGACCAAGGCAGACGCCUACAAGGCCGUAACUCUCAAGCAGUGUCUCGAUAACUUCACGGCCGAGGAGGUUGUUGAGCUGACAUGCUCUUCAUGUGGCAGCAAGGAUGGCUACACUAAGCGCUCCUUGUUCAAGACCCUUCCCGAGAAUCUGGUUGUCAACGCCCGCAAGAUGGCAGUCAUCAACUGGGUCCCUGUCAAACUUGACGUCCCCGUCAUUGUCCCCGAUGAGCCCUUCCUCCUCGACGACUAUCUUUCCAAGGGUCUGCAGUCCUCCGAAGAGACCCUUCCCGAUGAGCCCGAGGCCAGCGCCCCGGCCUUCGUUGCCAACCCGGAGGCUGUCAGCCAGCUGGAGGCCAUGGGCUUCGGACGCAAUCGCUGCGAGCGGGCAUUGCAUGCCACUGGCAACUCGGACGCCAACGCUGCCAUGGAGUGGCUGUUUGGCCACAUGGAGGACCCCGACAUUGACGAUCCGCUCGUUCUGAGUGGUGGUGGCGGUGCUGGGGGAGCCGGAGGAGCAUCUGCGGAUCCGGAAAAGAUUGAGAUGCUCGGCGCCAUGGGCUUCUCGGUGCCUCAAGCAAAGAAGGCUCUGCGCGAGACCAACGGUGACGUGGAGCGAGCUGUUGAGUGGCUCUUUAGCCAUCCAGAGGACCAGGGCAUCUUUGAAGACGAAGCCCCAGCCGCCGGAGCCGAUCCCGCUGCUCCCAAAGCGGACGCCGGCAGCGCCGCUACCCCUGCAAAGUACCAGCUGCAGUCUAUCGCCUGCCACAAGGGCACAAGCAUCCAUGCCGGUCAUUAUGUCGCCUUCGUUCGGAAGGAAGUCAACAGCCAGCCCACUUGGGUCCUCUUCAAUGAUGAAAAGGUUGUCGAGGCAGGCGAGAUUGAAGAGAUGAGAAAGUUUGCCUACGUCUACUUCUUCAAGCGUGUUUAG